UCGCCCGGCUGCCCCCGGGGCGGCGUGCGCGGGGCGGGGGGACACACGGCGGCUCCCGCGGCGGCUCCCGAUGGCUCGUCCGCGGCCCCGAGAAUACAAGGCUGGAGACCUGGUGUUCGCCAAAAUGAAGGGGUACCCGCACUGGCCGGCCCGGAUUGAUGAACUUCCUGAAGGAGCCGUGAAGCCUCCAGCAAAUAAAUACCCCAUCUUCUUUUUUGGGACUCACGAAACUGCGUUCCUGGGGCCCAAAGACCUUUUCCCGUAUAAAGAAUAUAAAGAUAAGUUUGGGAAAUCGAACAAGCGAAAAGGAUUUAAUGAAGGCCUGUGGGAAAUAGAAAACAACCCUGGAGUAAAGUUUACUGGAUAUCAGGCAAUUCAGCAACAGAGCUCAUCAGAAACUGAAGGAGAAGGAGGAAAUACAGCAGAUGCCAGCAGUGAGGAGGAAGGUGAUCGGGUAGAAGAGGAUGGAAAAGGAAAAAGAAAGAAUGAAAAAGCCGGCUCAAAACGGAAAAAAUCCUACACUUCAAAGAAAUCCUCCAAGCAGUCACGGAAAUCUCCUGGAGAUGAAGAUGAUAAGGACUGCAAAGAGGAAGAAAAUAAGAGCAGCUCUGAUGCUGGGGACGCAGGCAAUGACACAAGAAACACUUCUUCAGAUUUGCAGAAAACCAGUGAAGGGACUUAACCAACAUAAUGACUGCUGAAUAUUAAGGGAAAACACAAGAAGGUUACAUGUUUGGUUGUCUAAUAUUCUUGGAUUUGAUAUGAGUCACCACAUCUGUUCAUUAGUACCAUCAACAGCAUCCCAGUUUGUAUGCACAUUAUUCACAUUCCUAUCUGUUGUGUUUGCAGAAAUGACAUUUUUACCCUUUUUUCUAAGGGUUACUUUUUGAUUUUCAUAUUGUUUGGUUGCAUGAAGUUGCCCUUUUCCAGUGGCUGAGGUUUAUGAAGAUAUCGCAUACUUGAACAUGUUUUAGAUUCCUUUUCUAGACAGAAAAGGCAUAACUCCAAAUUAUGUCAUUCUAAAUCAGCAUUUUUUAAACACAGCUAAAUCUUAGAAAUAAAUCCCUGCCAUACAAUGCUACAAUAAUCUGCCACAUACAAACAUAAUUUUAAAUUUUCCUAUAUCCAUUCUCUCCUGGGUUUUGAUCAGUUUACAACAUAAAAGAAAAAUUCUUCUUCAGUUUAAAUCACCGCCAAGUUCAAUAAUGUAAUAAAAUACCUUUCCUUAUUAGAAGUACCUAGCUAGUUAUACUCUUAAUACUUCUCCAAACCAUGAUGUAAUGUACACUAUCUGACUUAGUUCCUAUAUGUGGAGUUAGUGAAAGUCUUUUUGUGUUUCUUUAGAUUAAUACGAGGAUUUUUCCAAUGCCAACACAAUUUGAAAUCAUUCAUUUGGAGGCUUUCCAUUUUUAAGCUUACUGUGAUAUACAGCCCUAUGGGAAACCAAAACAAAACAUCAGUUUUAAAUAAUGAAAGGCUUAAAAAAGGAUGCUGUCAUUCUGGCUUUUUUUUUCCUUUUGGAAAUAGAACUAGACUAGUAAGUAAGCAUUCCAAAUCCAUUACUCUGUGUACAUUAUUGUUGCUAUUGUGAUAAUAGAGAUUUUUAUUUAUUUUUAUGCCAGCUUUUAUUGUGAAAACAUAUUUAGUCUGGUUUUAUCAAUCCUUGUUAUGCUUGUCCUUGGAACAUCUUUUGCGUAUUCAAGGUUUGUAGUUGAUGAGUUUACUGUAAAAAACUAAAAAAAAAAAAAAAAACCCGCAAGGAAAAAAAAAAAACCACCAAAACAAAACAAAAAGGAAACAAAAAAAUUGUAUUGUUUUUACAGAAUAAAUUUAUUGGAAUGUGUAUUGGGAGUAAGGUUUGAGGUUGUAAGCAACUAAGUUAGCGUCAUAUUUGGCUUCAUACGUGUAAUAAUGUGAGGUAUUAAUGUAAGUCAAGUAUUAAAGCAAAACAUUCUGUUAACAUGAGUUGACCAUAAUAGAUACAAGUGCAGGUGAGAUCUUUAUUUUUUCUGUACUUUGCCUUUUCUGGAUAACAGGAGGUCAUUAAAUUCAUCUUGAAUGUAUUCAAAGUUUCUUUAAACACAUCAGAAGUAACAUCAGAGGCUCAAAUACCUGUUUGUGAGCCAGCCCGGCAGCGCUGCGUUUGUUUCCCUGGGAAGAGGCACUGGGAUGGAGCGAUCCCAGAGCCUGAGGAGCUGCACCAGGGGUGCUGGGUGCCAACAAGCACUGCCUGAGGUGCACUGUGGUUGUUUUGGACCUGCCCCUUUGGCUGGAGGUGUAAAACCUGGGGCCUCUCCUCGGACUGCUGCUGGGAACUGCACGGCAGUGUUCAGCAGGAGAAUGUUACAGCCUGAAUUUCUCAGUGCUCUGAAGGUCCCCUCGUGCAGAGUGCAACACACAGGCAUGUGAACUGCUUCCUUGUUACUGAUUAGGCUUAAAAAUAAAAUUCUUUCAAUCAAAACACCAAGAAGUCAACAUACCCAAAUAAAAGUGUUUCCAGUUAAAAUCUAUCAGCUAGUUUCAUCUGUGAGAAAGGCACUAGGUGUACUGCUUUUAAUAUAAAUACACAUAGAAGGCAUAGAAAUAGCUGUAAUUGCAAAUAGAAACAUAAGCUGCCCAAACCAAGGUCGCUGUGUUUGCUGCUGCUUGUUUCUGAGCCAGCAGCGUUAGCAAAAGUAGCUGCAGAGACACAGCCAAAACCCCUCCUCUCUGGAAAGGCACGAGCAGCCUGAGCCCAGUGCUCGCAAUCCUGAGCCCUCUGUGCCCGGCCCACAAGCCCUGGUGGGCACCUGCUCGGCUUCAAGCAGGUGAGCAGUGCUUGCAGGAGUGAAUCCUGAAGAGAAUUAACAAAGCUAUACGAUUCGCUUAUCGUAUAUGGAGUCUUACCGUAAGAGUUGAUUGCUUCUUAAAAGAUUUCUUGGGAUUUUUAACAAGGUUGACCCCACAAGACAUACUUUUUGACGAAUAAAACAUGUGCAUGUGACAGAGUUAUGUAUGUUAAUUUUUCAUGCUUCACAAUGCUGACCUUCGUGUUGUGCAGUAGCUCUGUGCAGGGACUGCUAGCACUGCUGUUCUUCAGCGUGCGGAGGCUAAACACUGACAUCAUUAUUAUUAUUUAACUUCAUGCAGUAUUUCUAAAACUGUCAAAGCAGCUUACUUAAAAAUAGCUGUGGGAACUGGCAAUCCACUGCCACGCAAAGUCACAAUGUUGAGAAGUGGUGCUAAAGGCAGUCGUCUUUAUUUUCCCCUUCUCAGGAGGAUAAACAAAGCAGGCCGUGCGACUACACAGUUGUGCGAUUUUACACAUCUUACACGCUUCGUUUGGGCUCCAUUUGAGCAGUUCAGUUACAUCCCAACCCAGUUAUGUACAUAGCCAAGGACAGGAGCUGGAAACAGUUCUGCUAUUCUGCUUUUUCUUCUUCUUUUGGUUUCAUAAAAAACUCGGGCUUGUUGACACACCUGUAAGCGAACAGCUGGGGAAGAAUCCCAUACAUUAUGUUCAAUAUCAGGAAAAACUCUUUUGCUUCUUCAGGGACUCUGUAGAUGUAAGGAGUUCGAGCAUGAAGAGAAGCACCAAUAUGGGAAAAUUGAGCCUGUGGUGUGUAUAUAACACAUAUAUUAAAAAAAGGUAAAGUUGAUGUAUAUUUUUGGAAAGAUGGCAUAAUCUGCAUGCAAAUCCGCAUCUCCAGUGACAUUUUCCAAGCCAGCCCUUAUUCUUAUUUCAGAAUUAUCAUACUUUUGCAGUGGUAUAAAAAUACAGUCUAAACUAAAAUCAUUAAUAUCUUGCUGUAUAAGGCAUAACUGGAACCGUUAUCAGUGGCACGGUAAGAGGUUUGUUUUAUGCAUAUGGUGGCACUGAUCAUUUCAUCAGGUACAGGAUUCUGCCCUGGCUUUCUGGGUCAUAAUUUGUCCUAGAGGGUCCAUGAUCCUUCCCCAGAAAAGUGGCCACAUCCCUGCAGAGCCCGGUCAGGGGGAGGGCUCUCACCACCUGCCUGCCAGGGUUGUUGGGAGUUAGGCAGCAGUGGGAGCAGCCAGACACUCACCCUGAGUAAAGUUAGAAAGGAAAGUCUUGGAACCUAUGUCAGUUCUGGUUUGGGUUUGGAUUUUUUAAUCUUAAACCCAGAUUCUGAUCCCAGAACUCCUGAUGAUUUCAGAAAACGUCUGCAAUAUUUGGGUUUCGGGCUGGGGCUGUUCUGAAGUAUAGACUGAGCAUACAAUGAAGGUUAUAGACACAGACAGGCUUGCUGGCCUGAAGCAUAUUUUUAGCAUAAACAAACAUUUAAAGAUAGAAGUGUCAGGAUCGUUGGUGUCUUUUGUUUCCAUCUGUUACCUGCUAUUUCAAGCCACAGCUCAUUCACAUUAACUAUUUUGUGGCCAAUUUUUUUGUUACUAUUUAGUUAGUUAGCAGUGGAGGAGAUCUGAGAAGAUAAACAUCAGUUUGAGCAUAAGGAGAGCACUGGGACACCAGGAUUUUAGGAAGACAGAGGAGUACACUGGCCAAAUCACAUCCUCUGUUCUGGUUUCAGCAGGAGUCAUUCUGGCCUCAAGAGGAACAUGGUUCUGGUCACAGCAAAGUAGAAGGGGAAAUAAAGUGCAGGUGUUUACAAUACACCACCCUAGCAAAAGGUUAGGCUGAGACCAUCCAUCAAAACAGAAACAGAAAUUGGUUUUCAGGUGAUUCCAACCACCUCAACUGAAUUGGGAGAGCUCGUUGAGCAAACCUGAGCCGGGAAACAAAGCAAUCAACGAAAUCAAAUACAAACACACUUCAGCAGAGUGCCACUUAGCAUGUUCCUGUAAAUAGCUAUUGCACAGCAAACAGAUGUUCAGGGGCACACUGUCAGCAGCCUUUUUACAUUGGCCUGGAUAAUUCACUCUGUCUCUUGCAGCCCAUUUGUUCUCACCUGCCUCAGGCAGGCCCUGCCUUUGGUACCUGGGUGGGCUUGCUCAAAUCCCUGCUGCUCUCCUGCGGUGGGAGCUCUCUCAGCACAGGCAGGCAGAGCAGCUCAGCAGCAAAGCCCUCACAGCACAGGGCAGCAGGCUCCUGGACAGAUGGACAGACAGCUGCCAGCAGGCUGCAGCCAGGAGAUUUGGGCUGUCUGAUGUUCCCCCAGACACUGAGAGCCUCUGGGUUGUGUUUUAGAGCUUUGUCUGGGGUGAAGAAGCUGCAAAGCUGCUACUUCUCUCUGGAGGAUUGUGAGGUCUGCCUGUCUGCAAGAGUGGCCAGCUGUGCAUCAGAGUAAGUUGACAGUAAAUUUCUCAUAAUUCAUAGUAAACCUUGUCAGAAGGAGCUGUAAGGGGAUGCUUCUGAGAGACCCAGAACUCCCAGAGUCUCCAAGAUGCCUGAGUAUCUAAGUCUUACUGUGUGGUCUUGUCUCUUACAGGAGUUGUGGCACAUUAGUGAGCAUUAAUUGUUGUAAAACCGUAAAGCAGUAACAUGAUGUCCUGUCUGUGGCCUACAAAGAUUUUUAGUAGUUAAUGAUGCACCAUGUAAUGAAAUUAUUGUUUAUUAGACUUGUUUUGCACUGUAACACAUGGCUUCUUCUUCCAUUACUGAGGAGGAUAUUUAGGUCUGUAAAGUACUUUUUUUUUUUUUUUUUUUUUUAAUUUAUUUGAUUUGCCUUCGUGACAAUUGUGUUAUGUCUUUAAUCUCCUGUGUUUCUCUUCUAUGACUGUUCUCUGCUGCUACUUCCUUUUUCUUUCCCCUCUUUUUUUUCCUGCUUGGAGCAGGGGAUAUGUCUUAAAAGCAGCUCUCUCACUCACCAGUAGCCCAGUCCUGUUCUUCCUUCAGUACCAGGCAGGCUGGCACCAAACCCCUAAUUCUGAGCUGUCAGUCCCUGCAGAGCUCUGUGCCUGCGUGCAGCAGGCUGGUGCUCAGUGAGAGAAACUCUGAGUUUGUUGUGUUACCUCGCUGUGAUUGGGGUCUCUCAGCAAAUAAGCCAUUCCUUGGUGCUUUCUGCUUCUGAUCCCCUCUACAAGUGGAGAAUUUUGAGGCUCCAAAAAAACCCCUGAGCCUUGGCUGAGAAAUCAACCAGAUGAGAUGCUGCAGGUCACCUUCUAAGGUAGCCUUACAUGCCCAACAUCAUCCAGCCUUUAUCACCCCCGAAGCCUUGGCUGCUCUGCUCCUCAGGCGUUCCUGCCGCGGUUGGAAGCUGCCCGGUGCUGGACGUGGCACUGCCCAGCUUGGCAACUGCAGUCUGUGCCUGCCUGCUUCUCACUGACCUGCUUGUCUGUGUGAAGCAGUCUGGAUUUGGACUUUUUACAGUACUUUUUGCCUUCUUGCCUAAUCGUAGGCAGUAUUUCAAGUAUUUUUUUACCCUGCGGUUAAGGACAGAGAAGGACCCAGAAAAAGAGAAAAAGGUUAGGAGUCCUUCUUCACUCUGUGCCUUCUCUCUAAGACUGACUAAAAUCAGGCAAAGACUAUCACUUUGGAAUGUCUCAUGAGCCUAACAAAGCCAUCAAAUAGAGGGAGAGUAACCUGGAAAGAAAAAUACAUUCCUUGGGUUUAGGGUCUGGUAGACAAGAAGCGCUGCAGAAAGUAGCCACCAAAAAUGGCUUGGUUAUGGAACACUAAGCAGGAGUAGAGGUAAACUUUCUACAUUUGAGAAAACAGAGAAAUGGGCUGCAGAGAGUGGGUGGGACAGAUUGAUUUUGACUAGCAAGGCUGUGGCUCUUCAUCCCUUCUCACAUAGCUCACUCAUGUAGGGAAAUACCAAUUUCAUGAAGUUCAGAGGCUGUUCCGACCCUUUUGUAUAAUCAAAGCUCCUGGUACUUCACUCAUAUGAAAUUCAAAGAGCUCCUCCUGAAGCUUCAGAAAGUCUAGUAAUUAUUGGAUCACAACUGGUUUUGGAGUCUGAAUGUUAGUAAUGGAGUCAUUCAAGCUGAGAGUUAUUUGUAAUUCUGAAAAUCAGUAAAUGUGUGUCUGUGUGAAAGGCUAGUAGGUACUUUGGAGGUUCUUAGUUUAGAUGCAUCACAUGGUAUUUUGUGACUUGUUUUUGUAAAAAGUACAUCAUAAUGAUAGAAAUAAAAACAAUUAAAAUCUCCAUGUU